AUGGGGAAAGCAGAAAAAUGGCCACCCAAGUCCAGCAAACCCGACUCAAAGAAGGACCCUUUGAAGUGGUGUGAUUUCCAUGCCGACAUCGGCCACACCACCAAUGAAUGCGUGGCGCUGAGGAGAGAAGUUUCCUACCUACUAAGGAAUAGAUAUCUCAAAGACAUCAUGUCUGACAAAGCUCGAGAUGUCGUUAACAAAGACAAUUCCAAUUCUCCUUCUCGACCUCCUCCACCUCCCCCUCACACUAAAAUUGUAAACUUUAUUGUUGGAGGUUCUGACAUUUGUGGUUUGACUUAUUCUGCAGCAAAAAGGCAUGCUCGAGAGAACGAGAUCGACAUACCAACUGGGGCUAUAGCCGCGAAACACCUGACCCCUAUAUCCUUUGACGAAUUUAAUGCAGGUGACAUUCUUGACAAACAUCAUUACGGUCUGGUAAUAUCUAUUCCCGUAGGGAAUUAUAUGAUCAGACAGGUCCUUGUCGACAACGGUAGCUCCACCAACGUAUGA